UGAGUUUUUUUUUUUUUUUUGUACUUUUCCCCCCUUCCUUUCGGGGUGCGGGAUGCAGCGUGCGUUCUCGUUCCCAGCGACCGUGGAACGCAGUCGGACCAAGGAGCGCCUGGAGGCGAGUCUGGCCGGCCUAUGUGAGCUGGAGCUCCGCAGGCAGAGGCAGGAAUGUCUGGUGUUGGGCGCGCUGGCUCUGGGAGCCCCUCUGGCCCCGGAUGGCUCCAGAGGAGAGCUGGGGGGCUUCAGCAGCUGGAGCCAGGAAAACUUGACUCUGAGGCGUCAGCUGAGUGCUCUUCAGAGUUCUCCGUGGGGCUUGAUGCAGGCGUUGGAGCAGCAGGUGGAGGAGCUGAAGAUCGACCCCAGCGAUGGCUGCUGUGAUGGAGCUCAAGGAGACACCAGCGACAGUCGACCCAGCUCUGGAUUCUAUGAAUCGAGUGAGGGUCAGUCGCCCAGAGGAAAAUCUUCAUCUGCUGAGCCCACAAAAACCGUCGUUUCAUGCACUUACACCGAAAGGGCUAAGUCUUUAGGAGAUGCCCUCGUGCUGAAUGGAGAAUUCGAAGUGCCGGCUCUACGACCCUGUCUGCCCCGCUCUUUCUCGGCACCUCACCCGCCUCUAGAGGGGAUCAUUGAGGAGGGACCAGCAGUGGACUCCUGGCAAUGGGACCCCGCCUGGUAUCGACAGCCUGCAGCGGAUCAAGUCACCAAGGAGGACUUCCAGCAGGCUUUGAGGGUCGAGGGUUUCAUUCUGAGCCUCAUCCAGCGCCAUACCCAAUCACCCCGGCCAUGUCAGCCUCGCACCACCCUGACCCCUGACCCCCCAUACUGCGGUGCCUCUGGACACAGCUCCCAACACAGGCGAAGUCCUUCUAUGACCACAGAGCAACGCCUUCCCGACCCCCAUCAGGAUCAUGGUGACCUGUCAGCAAACCCCAAGAGCCAGGAAUGGGGUUGUGACCUGCCACAGGGGGACACUGAACAAGGAGAGGCCCCAUCUUUUGAAGAGGGCUGUUAUUUGGCCCUGCCCUACCCCCAGUCUGGGCCACACUGCCUGACUGGGAGACUGCCGUCACCUCUGCCCUCUUUGGAGCCAAACUGUGGCGUURGGACUCUUGACCUUUGCUGUGAAUCAUCGUCUCCUCAACAUUAUCUACAUCCACAAAACCCCACUUAUAUGCACAAUUUAGUAAGUGCCCAGUAUAUCCCUGGACAAGGUUGUCAUGCUCCUGUGCGCUCCCCCAGACAUUACAAACCAGAGCAGCCAAAGCUGAACCGGGCCGCCGCCUCUCCUGAUCAAACCAACUCCAAGUCSAAAGCACCUAAAAAAAGUCACAAUGACCGACAGAAAUCCAAGAAAGCCAGCAGUAAAACCAGUCGGUGCCAGUCUGAGAACAGCAUUCCGGGCCAGCGGGUGCUUCCUGAGAGGAGGUACAGCACAACAGAACGCCGCCCGAGCCGAACCAAUCCUGCUCCUAACCAAGGGCAGGCAGCUGGAUCCCACGCCGGCAACAAGGGUCACAACGGGAGCCGACGUUGGUGCUCUAACCUGGAGCUCAGCCAGGAUGAAGGCGAGAUGCCCCCAGCCGUGCAGGCGCACAGACGACCACCCAAAAAGGCUCGCCACGGUCCCACCUGCUCCCAGUCCCAUCCCCAGCCUCAGCACUCGCAGCGCUGGCACCAGGACUCGCCGGGGAGAGCGCCUCUCUGCCAGGUGGAGCAGGGCUACGCCGGCGCCGCCCCCGCCGAGUCCGAGUCCAGCAUGAGCGAGGUGUACUCACCGCCCUCCAGCUCCCUGUCCAGUGACUCCGACGAGAGCGGGGGGCUGGUGUGGCCCCAGCAGCUGCCGCCUCGCCUCGCCUCGACCUCGUCUUCGUCGUCUCCCUCGCCGCAGGCCUCUACGAACACCUCGGCUCAGCCCAAAGCCUUCGUCAAGAUCAAAGCCUCCCACGCUCUCAAAAAGAAAAUUCUCCGAUUCCGCUCGGGGUCUCUUAAAGUCAUGACUACAGUAUGAGAAACUGCCCUAACCUGUUUCAAAACCCACUGCUUUCCACUUUUUAAUAAGACGUGUCUAAACGCAGCAUAAAAGUUAUUUCAGUUAGCCACUAAUCAAAUGCUUUCUUCACAGUGCACCUACCUCUACCUACAAUAUGUAUUUUAUUGAGAUCUGCUUCCAGCAUAUUUAAAAAUGUAGCUGGAGUUUGUACGUUUUUUGAGUACGUUUCCUUUACUCCUACCACUUUUACACUUUAGACAAAUGGACGUCAUCCUGAUCUGAUGAAUGAUGAUCCUCGCAAAGCUACACGGUGCUCACAUGGUACGCAAAGCAGACGAGACUGAAUUUAAUUACAGUUUAUGUUUAUUGCUUUUUAAGGUAUGAAAAUAUAGUUUUGGGAGUUGAUUGAUCACAAAGACGGUAAUUUAAAACAUUAUGCCACUGUUACUAUUUUAACUAAAUGUUUUAGGUUCUGAAAGUAAGGUACAAAUGCCCUUUUUUUUACAAAAUGACAGGUUAUAUUGAUGUGAUGAGUGUUUUACCUGGAGACACUGCUAAGAUUAAUUCCUUAAAGGGGACAUAUCCUUUUAAAGUCUUCUUUUUCACAUUUUAAUCAUUCAAUUGGGAUUUACAGUAUAUAAAGUGGAACUUUGGACUAAAUUUCUCAUUAUUGUAGCUCUGCAAGCUCCUGUUUCACCAGUAAAAACUGGUUUAAGCUCGGUUUGUAUGUGAGUCAUGGGAUCGGUGAUUGCCUMAUUUUGGACGUCUUUUAAACAGGCUGAAGACGUGUGGGGGAUCAAUCAUCUUUAUCUUCCUCUGAUUYCCCAAUACUUGUUUUAUUCUUGUUAACAUCAGCUGCAUGUUCAUUACGGUCAAUAGAGYGCACAAGACCUGCGACUUGAAGUAUAAACCAGCGUUUAACAAGAAAAGAAAAAGGUUUUCCUCCUCCGACUUUUCGCCCAGCACAACACUGAUUCAUUGUUGAGUGAGAAAAACUCUAUCCUGCUGUCUGUUAUGCUUGGCUCUGCUCUGUGCUACAUUCAGAGUCCUGUCGGAGGGCCGAGGGAGAAAAUAUGAAAAUUGAUCCCUUGCUGCAUCUUAUGCCCGUUAAUACUCAGAAAUCAGGAAAAGAUGUAUUGCAUUGGUGCAGUUUACACCCUGCCCCCCUCAACCCCAUUCGGUCCACUUUGUAGUUCGAUAGCAAAGGUACAAUUAUCUAGAGCAGGGGCGCCCAAACAUUUUUGCUGAGAGGGCCAAAGUUAAAAAACAUUUUUUCCUGAGAGGGCCAAAAUUAAAAUCAAUC